AUGGUCUACAGUCACGGCCCUACACAGCUUUAUAUAAUCAUCUAUGUGGAUGAUCUAUUGCUGACUGGUAAUCACCAGCCCACCAUUGACCUCCUACUCCAAGGACUACAUGCCACAUUUAAUCUUCGACAAAUGGGGCAAGCCAACUUGUUUCUUGGCAUUCAAAUCGCCUACACCAAGUCCGGAGCUUUUCUUCAUCAAUCCCAUUAUGCGCGGGACAUCUUACUUGCAUCGGGCCUUCAAGACUGUAAAUCAGCCAGCACUCCUAUCAUCACGGCUGGACACUCUGCAUCAUCUAAUCUCCAACCAUAUGAUGAUCCCAAACUUUACAGACAACUUGCAGGCUCACUGCACUAUCUUACGAUCACUCGUCCUGAUCUCUCUUUCGCUGCCAAUGUGAUCUGCCAAUCAAUGCACAAUCCCACGAUCACUGACUUCCUCAAGCUCAAGCGGCUCAUAAGAUACAUCAAGGGAACACAACAUCUGGGACUUCCGAUCUCUCCAGGCUCCCUUGAACUAACAGCCUAUUGUGAUGCUGACUGGGCAGCUAACACGACAGACCGAAAAUCAAUUUCGGGCUUCUGCACCUUUCUCGGAUCGAACCUAGUCUCUUGGAAAUACAGAGCUCUGUCAUCUGCCCUCUCCGACGUGAUCUGGUUAAGACGCCUGCUAUCUGACUUCCAUAUUCCUCUCAAUUUCCCCACUACGAUGCUCUGUGAUAACCUCUCGGCGCUAGCUCUAGCUCACAACCCUGUUUUCCACGCUAGAACGAAACAUAUCGAAGUGGAUCAUCAUUUCAUAUGUGAUCACAUUCAAAAACAAACCGUGGUUGUCUCGCACGUCUCCUCAGAUGAACAGCUCGCCGACAUUCUCACCAAGCCGCUACCAGUCACCCGCUUCAUCACUCUACGCAACAAACUGGGCAUCAGUACACUAGAUGCUCAGUUUGAGGGGGCAUGUAAAGAUAAUAUCAAAACUGCACAUGGCUAA